GUCCCCGUGCCGGAGCAUCCCCUGCCGGAACGCGGCUCUGCCCUCUCGCUGCGAUCCGGCGGAGCGCGGCCGGGGCCGAUGAGAUCAGCCGCAGCCUGAAAGGCCGCGCCGUGCCGCUGCCGGCCAUGAGCUGAGGCCAUUAUUUAGGAAUAAUACGCCGUGGGAAUAAAGGGCGCCGGCAGCAUGGCCCAGAGCAGGAGGCACCCGCACGGCCGGGCAUCCAGCGCCGGCCCCAGGAUGAGCACGGAAGCGAGCAGCAAACCCCUCAAGGUGGGCUCCAGGGUGGAGGUCAUCGGGAAGGGGCACCGUGGGACCGUGGCCUACGUCGGGGCCACCCUGUUUGCCACGGGCAAAUGGGUCGGGGUCAUCCUGGACGAAGCCAAGGGCAAGAAUGAUGGCACCGUGCAGGGCAGAAAAUACUUCACCUGCGAGGAGAACCACGGCAUCUUCGUGCGGCAGUCGCAGAUCCAGGUUUUUGAAGAUGGAGCGGACACGACGUCCCCGGAGACCCCGGAGUCGGCCGCGCUGAAGGUCCCCAAGCGAGAUUCCCUGGACGCCGCCAAAGGCAGCAAACUGCGUGGAGCCAAACCCAAAAAGGUGGCCCCGGCCGCACGGAAGACCACCGCCCGGCGGCCCAAGCCCACCCGGACCCCCACCUCCGCCCCCUCCAGUGGCACCGCGGGGCCCUCGGGGUCGGCCUCGGCCUCAGGUGGGGAGAUGAGCAGCAGUGAGCCCAGCACGCCCGCCCAGACACCGCUCGUGGCCCCCGUCAUCCCAUCCCCCUCACUGACCUCACCGGUGGCACCCAUGGUCCCCUCACCCACCAAGAGCAGCCCAGCGGUGGGGCAGAGCGUGCAGGAGGACCAGGAGGAAGAAAAUCUGCGUUCCCAAGUCAGGGACCUGGAGGAAAAGCUGGAGACGCUGAAGAUCAAGCGCAAUGAAGACAAAGCCAAGCUUAAGGAGCUGGAGAAGUACAAGAUCCAGCUGGAGCAGGUGCAGGAGUGGAAGAGCAAGAUGCAGGAGCAGCAGGCAGACCUGCAGAGACGGUUAAAGGAGGCCAAGAAGGAAGCCAAAGAUGCUCUGGAAGCCAAGGAGCGCUACAUGGAGGAGAUGGCCGACACUGCCGACGCCAUCGAGAUGGCAACCCUGGACAAGGAGAUGGCGGAGGAGCGCGCGGAGUCCCUGCAGCAGGAGGUGGACUCCCUGAAGGAGAAGGUGGAGUACCUCACCAUGGACCUGGAGAUCCUGAAGCACGAGAUCGAGGAGAAAGGCUCGGAGGGAGCGGCAUCCAGUUACCAGGUCAAGCAGCUGGAGGAGCAAAAUGCGAGGCUGAAGGAAGCUCUUGUGAGGAUGAGGGACCUCUCCGCGUCCGAGAAGCAGGAACACGUGAAGCUCCAGAAGCAAAUGGAGAAGAAAAACACGGAGCUGGAAUCGCUGCGGCAGCAGAGGGAGAAACUGCAGGAGGAGGUGAAGCAGGCGGAGAAAACGGUCGAUGAGCUGAAGGAGCAGGUGGACGCCGCUCUGGGUGCCGAAGAGAUGGUGGAGACUCUGACAGAGAGAAACCUGGACCUGGAGGAGAAGGUCCGGGAGCUGCGCGAGACCGUCGGGGACCUGGAAGCCAUGAAUGAGAUGAACGAUGAGCUGCAGGAGAACGCCCGGGAGACGGAGCUGGAGCUGCGGGAGCAGCUGGACCUGGCGGCGGCGCGCGUGCGGGAGGCGGAGAAGCGCGUGGAGGCCGCCCAGGAGACCGUGGCCGACUACCAGCAGACCAUCAAGAAGUACCGCGAGCUGACGGCGCAUCUGCAGGACGUGAACCGGGAGCUCAUGAGUCAGCAGGAGGCGUCUGCAGAGAAGCAGCAGCAGCCGCCCCCCGAGAUGUUCGACUUCAAGAUCAAGUUUGCAGAGACGAAGGCCCACGCCAAGGCCAUCGAGAUGGAGCUGCGCCAGAUGGAGGUGCAGCAGGCCAACCGGCACGUCUCCCUGCUCACCUCCUUCAUGCCGGACAGCUUCCUGCGCCACGGCGGCGACCACGACUGCAUCCUGGUGCUGCUGCUCAUCCCACGGCUCAUCUGCAAGGCGGAGCUGAUCAGCAAACAGGCACAGGAGAAGUUCGAGCUGAACGAGAACUGCACGGCGCGCACGGGGCUGCGGGGAGCAGCGGGAGAGCAGCUGAGCUUCGCAGCGGGGCUGGUGUAUUCCCUGAGCCUGCUGCAGGCCACGCUGCACAAAUACGAGCAGGCCCUGAACAAGUGCAGCGUGGAGGUGUACAAGAAGGUGGGGAUGCUGUACCCCGAGAUGAGCGUUCACGAGCGCUCCCUGGACUUCCUGAUCGAGCUGCUGCACAAGGACCAGCUGGACGAGACGGUCAACGUGGAGCCUCUGACCAAAGCCAUCAAGUACUACCAGCACCUGUACAGCAUCCACCUGGCCGAGCAGGCUGAGGACUGCACCAUGCAGCUGGCCGACCACAUCAAGUUCACCCAGAGUGCCUUGGACUGCAUGGGGGUGGAGGUGUGCAGGCUGCGCGCCUUCCUGCAGGCUGGGCAGGAGGCGUCCGACCUGGCCAUCCUGCUCAAGGACCUGGAGACCUCAUGCAGCGACAUCCGGCAGUUCUGCAAGAAGAUCCGGCGCCGCAUGCCGGGCACGGACGCGCCGGGCAUCCCCGCAGCGCUGGGCUUCGGGCAGCAGGUGUCGGACACGCUGCUGGACUGCCGUAAGCACCUCACCUGGGUGGUGGCCGUGCUGCAGGAGGUGGCCGCCGCCGGAGCGCAGCUCAUCGCCCCGCUGGCUGAGAACGAGGGGCUGCAGGCGGUGAAGCUGGAGGACUUGGCCUUCAAAGCCAGCGAGCAGAUCUACAGCGCUCAGGGCAUCAACCCCUACGAGUGCCUGCGCCAGUCCUGCAGCAUCCUCAUUGCCACCAUGAACAAGAUGGCCACGGCCAUGCAGGAGGGAGAAUACGAUGCUGACCGGCCGCAGAGCAAGCCUACCCCACCUGCCGAGCUGCGGGCGGCCGCUCUUCGGGCUGAGAUCACCGACGCAGAGGGGCUGGGGCUGAAGCUGGAGGACAGGGAGACGGUCAUCAAGGAGCUGAAGAAGUCCCUCAAGAUCAAGGGCGAGGAGCUCAGCGAAGCCAACGUGCGCCUCAGCCUCCUGGAGAAGAAGUUGGACAGCGCGUCCAAAGACGCCGACGACCGCGUGGAGAAGAUACAGACGAAGCUGGAUGAGACCCAAACGCUGCUCAAGAAGAAGGAGAAGGAGUUUGAGGAGACCAUGGACGCCCUGCAGGCAGACAUCGACCAGCUGGAAUCCGAGAAGGUGGAGCUGAAGCAGCGCCUGAACAACCAGUCCAAGCGGACCAUCGAGGGGCUGCGCGGGGCCCCCGCCUCCGGGGUCGCCUCCAUCGUGUCCGGCAUCGCAGGAGAGGAACAGCAGAGAGGCGUGGGGGCCGGGCAGGCAGCCGGGGGCAGCGCGGGGCCGGUGCAGGUGAAGGAUUCCCCCCUCCUGCUGCAGCAAAUCGAGGCUCUGCAGCUCUCCAUCAGACACCUCAAGAACGAGAACAACCGCCUCAAGGGCGCACAGAUGAAGCUGGAGCUGGCCGGCCUGAAGCCGCUGCAGGUGGCCAAGGUGUCCCUCCCGCAGAGCAAGCAGGGGGAGGGCCCGGCCACCCUCACGCUGUACCGCAAGAGCACGCAGCUGCUGGAGACGUUGUACCAGAUGAGCACCAACGCCAAGGUGGUGGACACCAAGCAGACAAAGUCAGGACGCAGCGCGGCCGCGCGGCUGCUGGAGCAGACAGCCCGGCUGUGGGCCAUGAAGGGCAGCAUCGAGGCGCUGCGGGACGAGGCCAUGCGGGAGAUGGUGCAGCAGCAGCCGGGCGCGGGCGUCCCCACCAGCUUCGGCGUGUUCCCCUCCUCGUCCUUCCUGAAGGCGCAGCGCGAGAAGCAGCACGGCCUGACGCGCUUCGGCCGCGUGUCCAUCCCGUGCGCGCCGGGACACGGCCGGGAGCAGCGCGUGCUGCUCACCCCGGAGCUGCUGCUCCAACUGCAGCGGCACUUCGUGGCGUAGGACCCCCCCGGAGCACCGCGCGGCCCCCCCGGCCGGGUAACCCCCCGUCCCCCUCCCGCCCAAUAAAGCCUCGUGCAGCCA